GGGAAAAGGAAGUUUCGAAGAAAGAUGAACCAAGUCAACAAUCUACCUACUUAAGCCUUUGUAAGGAAAUUCCCACAAAAUAAAAAUGUUUGUGAUAAAUUUUCUACAAACUUGCGCAGCACACAUCCACCGUUCAGAAUUUUCUCAAGCAAGUUAGAUACAUAUCUUUUCAAUAUUUGAAUUUAACCUCAAACUCAUUAGCACCAACCAUGGCCACUAGAGAUGACAGGAGGAGGUCAAGGGAAAGGGAAUACGAAGAAGGAUUGGUGGUAAUACAAGAGAUGGUUAACAAACUCAAUACCAUUUUACAAGAAGGAACUCAAUCUUUCACUUCUGCAGAUUACAUGCGAUUCUACACAACGAUUUACAACCUCACUACCGCGCACCCAAUCCGCGAGUAUUCUCCAGAGCUGUAUGAAAAAUAUAAGGAGACAUUUGAAGAACACAUAAAUUAUAAGGUCUUGCCUUCUUUAAGAGGGAAGAAAGACCAAGAUUUGUUGCAAGAAUUGGUGACCAAAUGGGCAAAUUACAAAAUCAUGACUCGAUGGCUUUUUAGAUUCUUCCAUUACCUUGACAGAUACUUCAUUCCCAAUCGGAGACUCCCUUCCCUUCAAGAAACCAGCUUCAUAGCUUUCUAUAAUUUGGUGUAUGGCGAAAUAAAUGAGCAAGUCAGAAACACUGUUAUAUCUAUGAUUAACCAGGAACGCAAUGGAGAAGUAAUUGAUCAGGACUUGGUGAAAAGUACUGUGACAAUCUAUGUAGAAAUGGGAAUAGAAUCAAUGAAAUAUUAUGAGCGAGAUUUGGAAGCAUCACUGCUCAAGGAAAGUGCUGCAUUUUAUUCAGAGAAGGCCUCCAAAUGGAUACAGAACGAGUCCUAUGAAGAUUACAUGUAUUUGGUUGAACGAUGCUUGAAGCAUGAGAAAGAAAUAGUUUCUUCUUAUCUGCCAGCCACAACUCAAGAUAAGAUAAUACAGGCUGUUGAACAUGAAUUGCUUCAAGAGAAAGCCAGUGAACUUGAAGGGAAAAAAAUGAUUUGGUAAUGAAUUUUUUUUGGCAAAUUAGUAUGCUUUGUAAUAGUUUUAUUUUUCAGACUAUUAGGGCAUUAACUAAAUUUUAGUGGGACAAUCUCAAUUUUUUGUUGGCAAA